AUGUAUGCCCCUCGAAAGCGCCAAAAAGUGUCGUCGGCCUGCGUGCCAUGUAUCCCUCGACAUGGAUCUGGGACAGCAUACCCGCGCAAUUCGGACCCUCAGAUCAUCAACGGGCCAUUUUCAUCCAAAAUCUCAACCCAAGAGGAGGAGCCGGUUAUCCUUCCUGAAAGCAGUAUCAUGGAUGUGAGCACCAGAUUGGGCUCGGGACAAAAACUGGUCAUCGGUGUCGAAUAUGACACUUCGGCUUUACCAGGAGGCAAGAAAUUGCCAAUCUCGUUUCCAUCACCAAGUAUGCCGUGGCGAGAUGCUGUUGGGAUAUCCUUCCCAUCAAAGCAGACUCUAGAUUACCUGGUCGACACAUUUUUCUCGACCGUUGACUGGUUUAUGAUGGUCUUUUACGAAGAGGACUUCCGACAACGAUACGAAGAAUUGAUGACCUCGACCCAUGUGCCAUCACUUGAAGAUAACAACAAUCUUUGGAUUACAUUACUUGUUUUGGGUCUGGGAGCUCAUUAUUCAUCACUCGGAAGAAGAGAGCCCCACGAACGAUCCCACAUGCGGCAGCUGUCGAAAGAUAUCCUCGUACGGGUUGAACAGCAAUUUUUGAGAAUUAUUAGCUCAGCUGAUGAAGAGGCCGUACAAAUCUGCGUUCUUCUAGGGAGUUUCCAUCUUUUCAACGGUCGUCCAACUGCCGGGCUUGGAAUCCUUGGAAGCGGAAUUAAGAUUGCCCAGGUUCUCCGGCUACAUCGAGAAGGCACACUUACGGGGAUCUCGGCGGCUCGUUUAGAAUCCCGUCGGCGUUCAUGGUUAGCGCUGGAGGUUUUCGAUAAUAUCGACGAUUCUGACUGCGAUGUGAAUACGGUAUCAGAUAUCAAGACCAACAAGGAAGAACCGCAUCGACAAACGGCACAACUAGACUACCAUCGAUGGAAGUUUAGAUUGUAUCGUAUCGUCGGCCGAUUUUUAGCGCGAAGACUACAAACAAAUCGGCUUGAGUCAGUCCAGAGCAUCCAUGCCCAGCUUACCUCGUGGCAAAGACAAUUGCCUGAGAAGUUACGCCUAGAGAGCUACAAGGGCAAAAGUACACAGGACACCCCGUCCUUGUUGCAGAUGCAAGCACUGGCCCUUCAGCUGACAUACGACAACAUCCAAAUCAUUCUCCAUCGCAGCCUUUCUUUCGGGUCCGGCUCUCGAGUCUCUAAUACGGAUCACUUGCCUGAUGAUCUACCAAAGUCCGCUCUGUCCCGAAAGCAACUUUUUCAGUCCGCACUUCGAACAUCCGAAUUGAACGACUAUAGCCAUGUGCUGCACGCAUGCGGGAAAACACAUGCUGCCAUGCACGUCGGAAUAUGCCUGUUCACUGCCGGUGUAGUUCUAUGCGCUUUUGCGAUUUCAGAGCCUCUAUCAGCUACCAGUGAAGCUGCAAAGAAUGGUGUUAUGAACAUUCUACGUUUCCAACACGAUCCCGUCCUGAAUGAACACCUGCUUUCGGCGCAGAGUGUGAAAAUUCUCGAAGAUUUGGUGACGGUCCUGUUGCGCUCCGAACACUCUUUGAUUCGGGGUGAUAAGACGGUAUCCUCUCCAUCUAUCGCGCAAACCACGGGCGAAGAUGAAAUUCAAAUCGGUGAACAGAACGCGAAUAAAUACGAAUCAAGAGAGUCUGAAGAUAAUCCGCUCGAUGAGGCAAAUUCGACGGUUCUGCCGGAAACCCUUCUGAAUUUCCAAGGUAACUAG